CGCCUCCCUCCGCGCUCCUCGCCCGCCGCGGAGACCCCCGGGAGCUGCAAGCCAAGCGGUGCAGAGCUCAGGGUGGGAAGGUCGAGACCGGCUGGCUGUGGUCUCCCUUUUCUCAUCUCUGUCUCUCUUCCCCUCUCGCGUGCGAGGCAUGGAGCUCCGGAGAGGAUGGACUCUGCCCGGCGCCGCUCUCGCCCUCCUUUGCGCCUGGUGCGCACUGAACGGCGUCCAAGCCAGGAGGCAGUUUGUCAAUGAAUGGGCUGCGGAGAUUCCCGGGGGACACGAGGCAGCCCUGGCCAUCGCCCAGGAGCUAGGUUAUGACCUUUUGGGUCAGAUUGGAUCACUUGAAAAUCACUACUUAUUUAGACACAAAAACCAUCCCCGAAGGUCUCGAAGAAGCGCCCUUCACAUCACUAAGAGACUAUCCGAUGAUGAUCGAGUGAUAUGGGCUGAACAGCAAUAUGAAAAAGAAAGAAGUAAGCGUUCCGUCCUAAGAGACUCAGUCUUCAACCUUUUCAAUGAUCCAAUGUGGAACCAGCAGUGGUACUUGCAAGACACAAGGAUGACUGCAGCCCUACCCAAGCUGGACCUUCACGUGAUACCUGUUUGGCAAAAGGGCAUUACGGGCAAAGGAGUUGUUAUUACAGUGCUGGACGAUGGCUUGGAAUGGAAUCACACAGACAUUUAUGCCAAUUAUGAUCCCGAGGCCAGCUAUGAUUUCAAUGACAAUGACCAUGAUCCGUUCCCCAGAUAUGAUCCUACGAAUGAAAACAAGCAUGGGACUAGAUGUGCAGGAGAAAUUGUCAUGCAAGCAAACAAUCAUAAGUGUGGGGUUGGAGUUGCAUUCAAUUCCAAAGUUGGAGGCAUAAGGAUGCUGGAUGGCAUUGUCACUGAUGCUAUCGAGGCCAGUUCAAUCGGAUUCAACCCUGGACAUGUGGAUAUUUAUAGUGCAAGCUGGGGCCCUAACGAUGACGGGAAAACUGUGGAAGGGCCUGGUAGACUAGCCCAGAAGGCUUUUGAAUAUGGUGUCAGACAGGGCAGGCAGGGAAAGGGCUCCAUCUUCGUCUGGGCCUCUGGGAAUGGGGGUCGCCAGGGAGACAACUGUGGCUGCGAUGGCUACACAGACAGCAUCUAUACCAUCUCCAUCAGCAGCGCCUCACAGCAAGGCCUGUCACCCUGGUAUGCUGAGAAAUGCUCUUCCACGCUGGCCACCUCCUACAGCAGCGGGGAUUACACCGACCAGAGGAUCACCAGCGCGGACCUGCACAACGCCUGCACUGAGACCCACACGGGCACCUCGGCCUCUGCGCCACUGGCUGCUGGCAUCUUCGCUCUGGCCCUGGAAGCAAAUCCCAAUCUCACCUGGCGAGAUACGCAGCACCUGGUUGUCUGGACCUCUGAGUACGAUCCCUUGGCCAGUAACCCUGGAUGGAAGAAGAACGGGGCAGGCCUCAUGGUGAAUAGUCGGUUUGGAUUUGGCUUGCUGAAUGCCAAAGCUCUGGUGGAUUUGGCUGACCCUAGGACCUGGAUCAGUGUGCCUGAGAAAAAAGAAUGUGUUGUAAAAGACAGUGGCUUUGAACCCAGAGAGUUGAAAGGUAAUGGCGAAGUGAUCAUUGAGAUUCCAACAAGAGCGUGUGAAGGACAAGAAAAUGCCAUCACAUCCCUGGAACACGUGCAGUUUGAAGCAACGAUUGAAUAUUCCCGCCGAGGAGACCUUCACGUCACACUCACAUCCGCUGCUGGAACCAGCACUGUUCUGUUGGCUGAACGGGAGCGGGAUACAUCCCCGAAUGGCUUCAAGAAUUGGGAUUUCAUGUCUGUUCACACAUGGGGAGAGAAUCCAAUAGGCACCUGGACUUUGAGAAUUACAGACAUGUCUGGAAGAAUGGAAAACGAAGGGAGGAUUGUGAGCUGGAAGCUGAUUUUGCACGGAACCUCUUCUCAGCCAGAGCACAUGAAGCAGCCUCGUGUGUACACGUCCUACAACACAGUGCAAAAUGACAGGAGAGGAGUCGAGAAGAUGGUGGCUGUUGAGGAGGAGCAGCCUACUCAAAGGAACCUGAGCGACAAGCCCCUGGUGUCCCACGGUGCCAGCAGCAGCAGCAGCAGCGCGGGGAGCCCACAGGACGAGCCGGCCGCAGGGCCCCCCUCGGAAGCCAUGCUGCGACUCCUGCAAAGUGCUUUUAGCAAAAGCUCAGCCCCAGGGCGGUCACCCCAGAAGACCCCCGGUGCAAAGCUCAACAUCCCUUACGAAAACUUCUAUGAAGCGCUGGAGAAGCUGAGCAAGCCUUCCCAGCUGAAAGACUCGGAGGACAGUCUUUAUAGCGACUAUGUGGACGUCUUCUACAACAGCAAACCUUACAAGCACAGAGAUGACCGGCUGCUGCAAGCCCUGGUGGACAUCCUCAAUGACGGAAAUUAAAAUGUAAUGUGCGUGGCCCCACUUCGGAAAUAUUCAUCCACCCACUUUCCCCUUAGGUUCUGCCUGUGUCUGAAGUGGUUGCCCAGACACUGAUCCCUAUGCUUAUAAUA